CUAAAGUAAGAUCUUAUUGAAAAACUUUCUUGUAAUUCUUAAUAACAAAUUAUUAUCAGUUUGGACAUUUAACAUUUGAUGGAUAUACGUUAACUUUGUGGAUUUAAAAACAAUCUUUAAAGAGAGGACUUAUAUCCUUUGGAUAUACUAAAUAAAGUUUGGAUUGUGCGACAGAUUUGGAAUUAGUACUGAUUGGAUUUAAAUUUGACCAGGGGCCGUAUUCAUAAAGCAUCUUAAGUAUAAAUAUAAGAAAUUGAUUAUUUAUUUAAGUAUUACUUAGGUUAGAAAUUUAUUUUACUUGAGUAUAUUUGUUAUUCAUAAAACAACUUAAUAAGUAAUUCUUGUUUUUAUUGUGGACGAAAACAUAUUUUAUUAUUGUGGACGAAAACAUUAAAAAAAAACAACAUUAAUUUCAGACAGAUACAACAUGCACAAUUAUGUUUAAAGUGCUUUUAUCUGAAAACAACACUUUAAUCGUACUCACCACGCUAUUUUAUUUUCUGACUUAAGUCAUUUCUUACGUAUCUUAAGUUUUAGCUGUUUUAUGACUAGAACUUAAGUUUUUACAUAGACUUAAGUUGAAAUCACCACAAACUUAAGUAAAAUCUUAAACUUAAGUCAAAACUUAUACUUAAGAUGCUUUAUGAAUACGGCCCCAGGGCAGGACUUGAACUAUUCUUACAUAAUAUAACUGGAUUUUACAGCUAAUUAACUUUUUGCAAGGUAUCUGAAUUGUUUCUUUUCAUAAUAAACAUUGUUAUUUUAAUGGUUGCUGGUUUGUUUUUCUGUUACCUUUUAUUUUGAACCAUUAUUGUCAAUAAUAAUUAUUAUAUUUAGGUAAAUACACAUUGGAGUGGUACCUUUUAGCCAUGGCAUUCACAAAUGUAUGUUUCCCAAUACCAGUAAAAUAUUACAGGACGACAUUAAAGCAGCCGAAUUCAAUCCAUAUCGUUCCUAAAUCAUUUAAAAUUGUUAAGCCGUCCAGUCUAGAUCUGACCUAUCUAAUGAUCUUACUAUACCCGUGGAAUAAAAGGAGUGACAUUUAUAAAAUAAGGAUAAAGGUAAAUGGUAAAGAUAAAUUAGUUUUUCCGCCGCAUUGUGAACCAAUGAAUAUAAGCUCUGAACAGCUUUUCAGAGACCUAUUUCAAGAACAGGUAAAACCAAAUUAUACCUCAAAAGAUAAAAAGUUCUUCACAGACUUUGAACAGUACAUAAGGUAUUAUGAUCCAUGCACAAUUAUUCCACUCAGCAUCUUUUUCACCCUUGGAAAGAGGAAAAAGUCACAAAGUCUUAGAUCUGGUGAGUAAGCGGGAUGAAUUGUUUUUCCCCGUAUUUUCAUCUCUCAGAAGCUUUUGAACGAUUGCACUUUUGUGAGCCGCGUUGUUAUGGAGACAUUUUUUGUAUUUUCGUUUAACAGCAUUAAGUACUUUGUCUUAAUAAAACUUUCCAGUGACUGACUUGGAUUUGAAGAUGUAAAAUUCAAAUCGAAAGAAGGUACGGUAUGGUACGUCAAGUACAGGGAAUAGUAAAUGUCGUAAAAACAGUCUAUCGUGUAAACAACUUCUUUUCAACAAAAAUUACACUUUUUGCAUACUCGAUAUUUCUUUCAUGUAUUUCUGUAUCUAAUUGCGAAUGUCAUCAUUUGAGAAUACCAAGAGGUCACAAAAAAAGAGUGCUGCUGCAUUGAAAACUGCACAAUAUCUCCGUCACAUAUUUUAACUCGUAGUCGUACUAAAUUUUGACCAGGACAAAAAGUCGCUCGUGAUUCACCAGUUCACAACCACAUAUAUGAAUUGCUAGCAUCAUUGUGAAUCAACACAACCGCUUGUUGAAGGAUUAGUUUGAGCAGAAAAAAAAAACUGUUCAACAAAACAAUGGCAUCUAAAUUCAGCCAUCUUCCAGACAUCAGCACGAUCCAACCAGAUAGGCUGAUCAAGUAUCGAGUCAGUGAGGACAGAUUUUCUGCAGAGGUUCUCUUGCCAGGAUUGUCAUACACAGACUUUGACCAGAAGAUUGGAGGAAAAGUACAUCUUCCGUCUUUGGCAAAGAUUUGUGAAUGUGUCAGGUCCGUAGCCUUCACUAAAGGGUUUACCUAUUUUUCUGAGAGGCAUCGUAAAACUGGAGUUGUUGUGUUUGUUGUUUGUCAGUUGUUCAGUUUUACACGUGAAGCUCAUUACCUACGCAAAUGGAAUAAUUUUGGAUUAAAUAAGCCACAGAGAUUCUUGUUGCACUUGUCCCAGGCUGGAAAGACAUCCUACACAACAAACAUAGAUUGGUUCGAUUCCAAUAAUAAGAAGAUCGGUAACUUUCUUACCAAGCACGUUGCCGUAGAUGAAAAGACGCGAAGACCAGUCGCUCUCCCAGAGUAUUUCUUUAAAGAUAUCCAGUCACAUUUCGCUAACAUUCAGACUCAAACUAUGGAAAAGGUUGAACUGCCCAAAAUUCCAAGCAAAGCUUUUUGCUUGAAUGUUAAAGCGCUUUACAGUGAUUGUGAUGAAAAUGAUCAUGUAAAUCAAUCUAUCUAUCUGGAAUGGUGUUCAGAUGUGGCAUCUGAAGUCGCUGUGAACGGACAUUUUUCAUUCUUCAAGAAACAUACUGAAUUUUAUCCAUUAAAGUCAAUGGAAAUGUAUUACAAUGGAGAAGGACUUUUGAAGGAUGAGUUAGCUGUAAAUGUUUGGGAAUGUGAAACAGACAAUGCCUGUCUUUUAUUUGCUAUUCAAAAGGAAAGUAGCAUUAUUUUUCACAUGAAAAUGACAUUUUAUAAAGAUGAGCAGGAUACAAGCACAUCUGGUGUUACUUCUAAAAUGUGAUAUUGUUUGUUUGAAAAACAAAAUUUCAAAAUUGAUUGACUUAAAGAAUAUGUUGAGUUUAGUAUUGAAUUGUACAGUCAAUUGCAAUCAAAAAAUAUGAAAGGGGGUUUGAUGUAAUCCUUCAACUUGAAUUCAACUCUGUCUUGUCUAGACUGAUUAGGCUUUCAUACUAUGUAUGAUCACAGGUGGUUGAAGCUCUAUCAAUGAAAUAUAUGUGCAGGUUAGAUCUCUUGAAGAGAUCGUAGAUCUCUGAAAGAGAUCCAGGUUGGCAACUUUGCGACUCGGUUCGAUUUUUUAAACAGCAAUUUUGAAAGCAAAUGACGUUGGAUUUUUGUCCAUGAUACACCAUUCCAAAGAGAAAAAAAUAACUUUUGUACGUACUUAAUGUCUAGGACUCAUUUCAUGUAUAGAAUACACAUUUUGCGUAUAAAGUACAUAAAAUGUUCUGGUAUUCGGCCAUUCCAUAUCCAACUUCCGGUCAGUCGGAGAGAAUGUAUCGCUUAGGAACAAAUUAAGAAUCUUUCAUCCCACAAUGUGUACAAACAAGGACGGCAGUUGUUCAACUCGUAAAAAUUGGACAUAGCAUCAUUUAUACAGGUCGUUGUGAAGCAGAAAGAACAUUUUUGCUACUCAGUACCCCAGGUUUGAAACAUACAGGAAUUUAAAAGUGUAAACUGUACCUGACACAUUUUAGAAGGUGAAUGUCCGAUUGCCGAAGUGAACACGAAUAUGUUUUUCAUGAAAUCUCCAAUUACAUAGUGAUUUCCAAAGUCCAUUUGUCACAUUUUAUCGCAACUGACAUUAUAAACAUGGCUGCAACUAUUUCCAAGUACUAUGCAUGUGACGUCAUUUGUUAUCUACGUCAGUAAUGAAAUGAAACCAUUGAGGCCCGUCAAGUGUUUAUUAUUCACUUCUGUGUAUCCUGUGAAAGGAAGUUGAUGUUCUGGAAAUUAUCAUUACACAGACUGCUGGAAUGCAUAGCACUGAAUUAUUUCUUGGAUAAAUUAACAAGAAAUUAGAAAAAAAAAACAAUUGGAGAGCAUAAUUAUGUAAAUGCCUUGGUGAAAAAUAUCUAACAGCGACUCGGGUGUGUAGCUGGAACCUUUUUCAUAGUACGCAGGCGUGGUAAAAUGGGUUUAGGUAUAUUGUCCUCCGCUAUAUUUUUAAAGUUAGAACGGCAAAUCAUGCAUUUUGUUGUAUAUUUGAAGUAAAAGCAUUGUUAAACAUAUUUAUAUCUUGAAUAAUUUUCAUUCAAACUGUAUAGAUCUAAUUUUACUAGACCUACACGCCUGUGAAAUAUGCACCACAUCUGCAAUUUGCAACUUUUUUUUUAUUACUGAUUUAUUUUCAUUACAUACAAUACCAUAAUUCUCACAGAAGGUGCACACUUUGCACUUUUUUAUGCACGGAUUUCUUGCACUAAUAUGAUCGAGCAUAUGUACACUCUAUAACUUAGAGUGAAUCUUUUAUCCUUUUGCUAUGCAAACAGUUCGAUCACUUGAACAAAGUCGGCGGUCUUAUUUCUAAAUAUAUUUGUUGUUAAAAGAAUGAAGACAUUUGUCAUAACUUUUAAAAAUUAAUCAUCAAAGACAAACCGAGGGGUUAUAUCGAAAAUUUAUCACUUAAUUAACCGCAUCCUACAUCUGAGGUAGUCCUAACACAGAUGAUAAUACAGGGCUUCCAUUAAGCAGCGUCCCUGCGUAAAAUACGCCAAAAAUUAUGAUCUGUAUGCCAAUACACAAAGUCAGAGGCGUACCAAGGACUUCCGUUAUUUUCAAAGGAUGACAAAAUCAAUACACCGUGACGUAACUUCACUUGAAUGACGUGAUUAGCUCCGCCCCAAAAUUAAUCAAAGCGGUUUAACUCUUGAUUGACAGCUUCGUAAAAACUGCCGGCAGUGUUUGAAGUGUGAGACUAGUGUGAAAGCAUCGUGUUUGAUAGAGACUGUCUGUAAAUGUAAACCGUUAUCCAGAUCAGCUGACAUAUUUAGAAGGCGCAAAUUGCCGACAGUAAAAUAUUACAUGCAUCAAAGAAGUAUAAAUACAUUUAUUUUUACAGCUCUUUGGCUAGUUCAAUAUAUACAUUUUCGUACACUGUUUGGCAGAUUUUCUGAUGUUUGGUUGAACACACCUGCAGAUGUGAACGUUAGGAUGGAAACGUGAAUAAUAAAAGAAUCAGCCUUUACGAAUAAAAAUCCAGCUUAAAUAUGCACAAAUAUCGGGCCGAUAAAUUUCUUGUUAUUUUAUUUCUUUUUAUUUUGCCGGGAAAACUGCACGUGCAUUCCAUGAUGCUACUUCUGUAAUGACCGCAUGCUUAUAUUUUCACGUCACCAGAAUGGUUACAGUGUUGAAACUUUCAUAUGAUUAUAAGCAAAAUGCUCUACAACCAAAUGAAAAUGCAUGCUUAAGAGUUUGAAUUUAUAUCGUGUCUGUACGUCCGCGUGACAGGCUCUGAAAUGUUUGAAUUUAUAAUAUUUUUUAUUAGAGUUUAUAUUGAAAGACAUUGUGUCUGAAAUCUUUCGUCCUCCACCUCUGAUUCAAGUUGGGAAGUUGGCAACAGGUUUGUACUGGUACAGAAUCCAGGAACACUGGUUAGGUUAAUUGCCCGCCGUUACAUAACUGAAAUACUGUUGGAAGUUGGCAGUUACUUGCAGAGAACAGGUUUGUACAGGUACAGGUUAACUGCCCGCCGGUGACUAGUGGAAAAUUCAUAGUUAUGGGUAGAGCUAGUGGGGUUGGAGGAAAAUUAAAAAUCAUGGGUAUUGGGGUUGGAGGAAAAUAAAAAAAUAUGGGGGAUGGGUUUUUUCAAAAAGUGCCUUACGACCCCCCCCACCCCCCCACCACCACCACUACAAUUAAUUCUGGAACUGCCCUAUCUAUUGGUUGGCGCAUAGGGUUGUUGAAACCAGCCAAUAACAUUCAAUGUUAAUCUAUAUGUUUAUGUUGAUAAGAUUUACAAAAAACCAAUUCACCUGGAGGGGAUUGCUUUUAUUUACACUGUCCCGUGUCUUUGGAACAUGGUGGGGGUAAGAGUGAGGUUGGGUGCGCACCAUAAACCGGUUUAAGCUCCCCAGUGGUGUUUUUGCCACUGACCGUUCCAAGGCGGUGCCCCACUGUGUUCCUUUGUUUGUUCGUUUUGUCCUCGUGUGUUGACUGUGUGUAUGCGUGUGUAUGUGUGUGUGUGUUUGUGGUGUGCACGUCUGCGUGCUGUAGGUUUCGUUUUGGGGAGGCUACGAUUUGGUACGUGGCAUUCCCUGUUUGAUAUUUGUCUUUGUUUUUUUUGUAUUGCAAGUUUAGCGACCAAACAUUAAGUAUUUUAAAUACAUUUUAAUAUAACAGCAAUGAAUACUGUAAAAUUGAAAAUGAUACAUAGAUCUACUAAAAUGCUAGGUUUCCUUCGUCGCUCAUUUCGAUAAAAUAAGCACACAGCAGAACCUCUUCAUCCCAAGGCUGUUAUGACGUCACGAACAUUACGUCACAGUUCCUUGAAACCGUAGGGGAUUUCCUAAGUAAAUAAAAGUUCUGUUGACUGUAUUCAGCUCGGAUAGUUUACAAACUGACGUUUUAUAAUUCUUUAAUCACCAUUGUUGUUCGAUACGAAUUGUUAUCGGUGAAUUUAGGUUUUUCUUAGAAGUGAUUCACCUCGAAUUUUAAAACCGGAAGCUGGAGAAGGUAUGGCGGAAUACCAGUACGGCGAUUCCGAUAGUGUAAGAUAACGAAUAAAAUGAACGACUUGGGUAUGUUUCUUACUAGAUGUGCUCAGCGUACCGUAAGAGGAAUGAUUAUUUUACUAUUUGAAAGGGUGUUUACAUUGGUAGUUGACAUGUGGUUCGAUUUAUCAGUCGACAAAAAAUGACAAAAAAAGACAAGAUUUACUUGCCAACCUGUACUAUUUCAUAGUAUAUUAGGUGGGUGGGAUAUGGUAAUGCAUAUAUCUAUUGAUAUAUAGCUUCCAGCGCCUGUGGUAUGAUUUGGUUUGAAAUAGGAAAUCAUUAUACCUUAUACUGAUGUAUUCAGUGUGUUGGUAAUUAUUGUUUUCUCUUUACAUUGUGGAGCUUUAUUUUAGUGCUAAUAGUUGUUAUGUAUAAGUGGUUUGAUAUAUUGGUAUCAGAUUUGUUUUUAAUCCCCCGCCACGAGUGGUGGGGGUUAUAGGAAUGGUCUCCUUCCGUCUUCCGUAACAUUUCAUGUCCACUCCAUAUCUCCUAAACCCCUUGAAGGAUUUUCAUGAAACUUGGGUCAAAUGAUCACCUCAUCAAGACGAUAUGCAGAACCCAUGAGUCAGCCAUGUCGGCUCAAGGUCAAGGUCACAAUUCAAGGUCAAAGGUUUGAGACUUUCAUUUUGUGUCCGCUCUGUAUCUCCUAAACCCCUUGAAGGAUAACCAUGAAACUUGGAUCAAAUGAUCACCUCAUCAAGACGAUGUGCAGAAUUCAUGAGUCAGCCAUGUCGACUCAAGGACAAGGUCACAACUUGAGGUCAAAGAUUUGAGCCUUCCAUUUUGUGUCAGCUCUGUAUCUCCUAAACCCCUUGAAGGGUAGUCAUGAAACUUGGGUCAAAUGAUCACCUCAUCAAGACAAUAUGCAGAACUCAUCAGUCAGCCAUGUCGGCUCAAGGUCAAGGUCACAACUAGAGGUCAAAUGUUUGAGCCUUCCAUUUUGUGUCCGCUCUGUAUCUCCUAAACCCCUUAAAUGAAUUUCAAGAAACUUUGGUCAAAUGAUUACCUCAUCAAGAUGAUGUGCAGAACUCACGAGUCAGCUUAAGGUCAUGGUCACAGUUCGAGGUCAAAGGUUUGAGCCUUCCAUUUUGUGUCUGCUCUGUAUCUCCUAAACCCCUUGAAGGAUUUUAAUAUGACUUGGCUGUAACCAUGUUGACUCAAGGUCAAGGUCACAGCUCAAGGUCAAAGGCUCUGUAUCUCCUAAGCCCCUUGAAGGAUAAUCAUGAAACUUGGGUCAUAUUAUCACCUCAUCAAGACGAUCUGCAGGACCCAUCAGUCAGCCAUGUCGGCUCAAGGUCUAAGUCACAACUCAGGGUCAAAGGUUUGAGCCUUCCAUUUUGUGUCCGCACUGUAUCUCCUAAACCCCUUGAAGGAAUUUUAAGAAACUUUGGUCAAAUGAUCACCUCAUCAAGAUGAUGUGCAGAACUCACGAGUCAGCCAUGUCAGCUUAAGGUCAAGGUCACAACUCAGGUUCAAAUGUUUGAGCCUUCCAUUUCGUGUCCGCUCUGUAUCUCCUAAACCCCUUGAAGGAUUUUCAUGAAACUUGGGUCAAUUGAUCACCUCAUCAAGAUGAUGUGCAGAACUCAUGAGUCAGCCAUUUUCGCUCAAGGUCAAGGUCACAACUCGAGGUCAAAGGUUUGAGCUUUCCAUUUUAUGUCUGCUCUAUAUCUCCUAAACCCCUUGAAGGAUUUUUAUAUGAUGUGGCUGUAAUAUUCCCCUUAUCAAGACAAUGUGCAGAAUUCAAAAUUCACCCCAGCCAGCUUAAGGUCAAGGUCACAACUCGAAUGUUUAAUAGUUCCACCAAAUACCAUAAACCCUUUCACUAUCCAUAACAGUGGCGGGGGAUAUAGCUGUCUUUCAGACUGCCUUAAUGUUACUAGAUUUUUGUCUGCUGAGCUUUGUUAGUGUUUACUUUUCAAGGUGUUUCUGGUUACCAUAUUGUUUAUACCAUUUGUGUGAGUGAAGGGAAGGGAGUCAUACCCCUUUAUAUGUAUUUACCAAACUGACUCUAUAAAUUUGGAGAAAAAAUUUGAUUCUGCCAAAUCUUCUGAAAAUCAAUCUGAAGUUCUUUCCCAAAGACCAGAUGAUUUUCUCAAUAGAAAGAUUAUUCAAGUCAAACAAUAUCUGCAAAUGCAAUGAAAUAUUAAGUAAAAGAACAAAUAUUAUAUUACAAAUACUCUGUCUUCAAUCUUCAUCGUACUGAAAUAUUUCAUCUUUAGUAACUAUUGUAGUGAAGGAUUGGGCAAAAUAUAUUAAAAUCAAUACCAACUUGAAUAAAAGUCGAAGUAAAAAAAUGAUAAUGCUGUUCAACAGACUUAGGACUCUGUGAAUGUUUCUUUCUUCUUUUGAACGUCAAAAUUUCAUAUGCAUUUUGUAUUGGGAUAUUUAAUAUUAAUAUCUUACUGUUAAUUGUGAAUGGCAAUUCUUUGGUCUAGGGUAAAAUUUUCUCAGGUUUAUAAUGCAUGUAUAGUCAUCUCUCGCCAGAGGCGGAGGGAUAUAGAAUUGAUGUAGUCUGUCUUUCUGUCUGGCUAUCCAUCCAAAGCCAUAUCUAUGAUAUGGUUUAGAUAAUUUGAAUUGAACAUGAAAUGCUAACUGCUGUAGGUAAAUGCCAUCCUGCAAGAAUCAUUCAGGUUGCCUGAGUAAGACUAUUCAUGGCUCUUUUGUAUAUGUAUAUAUAUUUAUUCGAAUUUCUGUUCUUCCAGAGUCAUAUCUCAGACAUGGUUUGAUGGAUUUCAAUAAAACUUGGUAGAAAUGUUAACUGCUAUAGGGCAAUGUGGCCAUGCAAGCUUCGUUUAGAUUGGUUGAGGAAGCCAAGAUUUAUGGCCCUUUGUAAUUAUAUGUAAUGUAUAAUAUAGCACAUAUAUAGUGUUUUUAUUCAAUUUUUUUCCGUCUGGAGUCAUAUUUCAGAAUUGGUUUGUAGGAUUUCAAUAAAACAUGGUAGAAAUAAUUACUGCUAUAAUGAAAUAUGGCCCUGCAAUUUCCAGUUGUAUUUGAUGGCAAGAUUUAUGGCCCUUUGUACUUGUAUAUAUAGUAAAUAAAUACAGUGUAGUCACUUUUC